CCGCAUCGAUUUGGUUUCUUUUCGAGGUAUUAAUUUAUUAAAAUGUUAAUUAAUUUGUCAGGCGUCGACAGCAGUCGAAUUCGCUUGAUAAAUAGUCCCGAAACGAGUUCGCUGGGGAAAUCUAUUCCCUUUUCCAAAUCAACAUGGCUGUGAAAUUUAAGUGAUUCGAUGCCAAAUGAUAUUUAUAUCAAGUCUUUAGAAUAUGUCUGACAAGGAUAAGCAGGAUGUGCCAGAGCAGUUCGAUGACACCAGUCAGGAGAAUGCCAGUCAGGAAGAUUUCAUUGACGAGGCCAGUCAAGCCCUUCCUGAUCCCAAUGCAGAGAGCAUUAGCGCAUCGCCCUCGAUCCUACGACCCAUCACCACCCCUAGGCGAGACGUUUCGGAUGCUCCCUCUAUUGUCCUUUUGCUGCCAGAUAACGAAAUGGAUACCCUGCCCGAAGAAACCGAGGAGCAGCGGCAACGACGACGGAUGAGGUUCCUCGAGUUGCGGCGGGAACAUUACAACCAUGUGCAUCACAGUGAGCAGUGCACUAUGUCGGACACGGAUGAUGAGGAUCGCUCAGAGAAUCAACCCAAGUCCCAGGAGCAGAAGAAGCCCCAAUAAAAGUCUUUUUAAUAUACUUUUUUGUGGAUAUAACUUAUUAUAGGCAUCAAUUAAGAACUCACCGGUCCCUGUUCUUUAAUUUUUUAAGUUGAUUAAAUUCUGGAGAAUAAACACUA